CUCCUCUCGGGCCAGUGCGCAAGCGCAUGCGUCGUGCCCCAUCCUCAGCGCCCGUUGACUCGCGGCCCCGUUUGCCCUCCCGCCAUGGCGGCCGCCGCCGAGGAGCCCUUCCCUUUCCACGGCCUCCUGCCCAAGAAGGAGACCGGCGCCGCCGCCUUCCUCGCCCGCUUUCCCGACUUUGACGGGCGGGGGGUGCUGCUGGCCGUUCUGGACACCGGCGUGGACCCGGGCGCUCCGGGCAUGCAGAUUACAACUGAUGGGAAGCCCAAGAUAAUUGAUAUAAUUGAUACAACUGGCAGUGGUGAUGUAACUACAUGUACUGUUGUAGAAGCUAAAGAUGGAGAAAUCAUCGGUCUCUCUGGAAGAACUUUAAAGAUUCCUGCAAACUGGGUAAAUCCUUCUGGCAAAUAUCAUAUUGGGAUAAAAAAUGGCUAUGACAUAUAUCCUAAAGCUCUCAAGGAGAGGAUUCAGAAAGAACGCAAGGAGAAGCUCUGGGAUCCUCUUCACAGACUGGCUCUAGCAGAGGCUUGUAGGAAACAAGAAGAAUUUGAUGCUGCUCAUAGCUCUCCCUCCCAAGUAAAUAAGCUAAUAAAGGAGGAACUUCAAAAUCAAGUGGAACUGUUAAAUUCUUUUGAGAAAAAAUACAGUGAUCCUGGUCCAGUGUAUGAUUGUGUAGUAUGGUAUGAUGGUGAGACCUGGAGAGCCUGCAUAGAUACAAGUGAGAGUGGUGACUUAGCUAGCUGUACAGUGUUGAGAACCUACAAAGAGGCUCAAGAGUAUGGAUCUUUUGGAACAUCUGAAAUGCUGAAUUAUUCCGUUAAUAUAUAUGAUGAUGGAAACCUUCUUUCAAUUGUGACAAGUGGAGGAGCACACGGAACACACGUGGCUAGUAUUGCAGCAGGAUACUUUCCUGAAGAACCUGAACGAAAUGGUGUGGCUCCUGGAGCUCAGAUUCUUGCAAUCAAGAUUGGUGAUACAAGAUUAAGUACAAUGGAAACUGGCACCGGUUUAAUAAGAGCUAUGAUAGAAGCAAUAAAAUACAAAUGUGAUCUUGUCAACUAUAGCUAUGGAGAGGCAACACAUUGGCCAAAUUCUGGGAGAAUUUGUGAAGUAAUUAAUGAAGCAGUGUGGAAACACAAUGUAAUCUAUGUUUCGAGUGCAGGAAAUAAUGGCCCUUGCCUUUCGACAGUAGGAUGUCCUGGUGGUACUACAUCUAGUGUCAUAGGUGUUGGUGCCUACGUGUCACCUGAUAUGAUGGUUGCUGAAUAUUCUUUGAGAGAAAAACUGCCAGCAAAUCAAUAUACUUGGUCAUCCAGAGGGCCAAGCACUGAUGGAGCCCUUGGAGUAAGUAUCAGUGCCCCAGGAGGUGCUAUUGCUUCUGUUCCAAACUGGACUCUGCGAGGAACACAACUCAUGAAUGGGACAUCCAUGUCUUCUCCCAAUGCAUGUGGAGGCAUUGCAUUAGUACUGUCAGGGCUCAAAGCUAAUGAUAUUCAUUACACUGUUCAUUCUGUCAGAAGAGCCUUAGAAAAUACGGCAGUGAAAGCUGAAAACAUAGAAGUAUUUGCACAAGGACAUGGUGUUAUUCAGGUUGAUAAAGCCUAUGACUACCUCAUUCAGAAUUCAUCAUUCACAAGCAACAUAGGCUUUACUAUUACUGUUGGAAGCAAUCGUGGCAUCUACCUCAGAGACCCUGCCCAGAUAUCUGCACCUUCUGAUCACGGAGUUGGCAUAGAGCCUGUCUUUCCUGAGAAUACAGAAAACACUGAAAGGAUAUCUCUUCAGCUUCAUUUAGCUUUAACUUCAAAUGCACCGUGGGUCCAGUGCCCUAGUCAUUUAGAGCUUAUGAACCAGUGUCGGCACAUUAAUGUUCGUGUGGAUCCACGUGGCCUGAGAGAAGGAGUACAUUAUACAGAGGUGUGUGGAUAUGAUAUAGCAAUGCCUAAUGCAGGCCCUCUCUUCAGAGUUCCAAUAACUGUUGUUAUACCAACAAGAGUAGAUGAAUCAUCAAGCUAUGACCUUGCAUAUACAGAUGUUCAUUUUAAACCUGGCCAAAUCCGAAGGCACUUCAUUGAUGUUCCCCAGGGAGCUACGUGGGCUGAAGUGACAGUAUGUUCAUGUUCAUCUGAUGUGACUGCCAAGUUUGUGCUUCAUGCUGUUCAGCUAGUGAAACAGAAAGCAUACAGAAGUCAUGAAUUCUACAAAUUUUUAUCCUUACCAGAAAAAGGAUCAGUGACUGAAGCAUUCCCUGUCUUAGCUGGAAAAACAAUUGAAUUUUGUGUUGCUCGGUGGUGGGCAAGCCUUAGCGACGUUAGCAUUAAUUACACAAUUUCUUUUCACGGUGUACUUUGUGCUACUCCUCAGCUAAACAUGCAUGCUUCAGAAGGGAUCGUACGGUUUGAUGUUCAGUCCAUGUUGAAGUAUGAAGAUAUUGCUCCAUGCAUAAAUCUGAAAAGCUGGAUUCAAACUCUCAGACCAGUGAGUGCGAAAAUAAAACCUUUGGGUUCCAGAGAUAUUUUACCAAAUAAUCGUCAACUGUAUGAGAUGAUUUUGACCUACAACUUCCAUCAGCCUAAGAGUGGAGAAGUAACACCAAGCUGUCCGCUUCUUUGUGAAUUGUUGUACGAAUCUGAAUUUGAUAGCCAACUGUGGAUUAUUUUUGACCAGAACAAAAGACAAAUGGGGUCAGGAGAUGCCUAUCCACACCAGUAUUCUGUGAAACUGGAAAAAGGAGAUUACACUAUUCGGUUACAAAUUCGUCAUGAGCAGAACAGUGAGCUGGAUCGCAUCAAAGACCUUCCAUUUAUUGUUUCACACAGGCUGUCCAGUACCCUGAGCUUAGAUAUUUAUGAAAACCAUAGUCUUGCUCUCUUAGGAAAGAAGAAAUCCAACAGUUUGACAUUACCGCCAAAACACAGUCAGCCAUUCUUUGUUACAUCUCUGCCUGAUGACAAAAUACCAAAAGGAGCAGGACCAGGAUGUUAUCUUGCAGGAGCUCUUACACUGUCUAAAACAGAACUUGGAAAGAAAGCUGGGCAGUCUGCAGCAAAGCGACAAGGAAAAUUUAAAAAGGAUGUCCUCACUGUUCACUAUCAUCUGAUACCAUCUCCAUCCAAGAGUAAAAAUGGCAGCAAAGAAAAAGAAAGAGAACAGGAAAAAGAAAAAGAUGUAAAAGAAGAAUUUGCUGAAGCUCUACGAGAUCUAAAAAUACAGUGGAUGACCAAGCUGGAUACCCCUGAUGUGUACAACGAGUUGAAAGAAGCCUUUCCUAAUCAUCUUCCACUGUAUGUUGCAAGACUUCAUCAACUGGAUUCUGAAAAGGAACGUAUGAAAAGACUUGAUGAAAUUGUUGAAGCCGCAAAUACUGUAAUCUCUCACAUUGAUCAAACAGCAUUAGCAGUUUAUUUUGCUAUGAAGACUGAUCCCAGACCUGAUGCAACUACUAUAAAAAAUGAAAUGGAAAAACAGAAGACGACUUUAGUGGAUGCGCUUUGUCGAAAAGGAAGUGCCCUGGCUGACCAGCUUCUUCAUCUGCAGACCCAAGAUGGGGCUGCUUCCAGUGAUGCUGAAGGCAAAGAUGAGGAUCAUGAGAGUUGCUCAGAAGCCUUGACAGAGACGUUCUGGGAAACAACAAAAUGGACCGAUCUUUUUGACAGCAAGGUUUUGACUUUUGCCUAUAAGCAUGCAUUGGUAAACAAAAUGUAUGGGAGAGGACUCAAGUUUGCAACAAAACUUGCAGAAGAAAAGCCAACAAAAGACAACUUGAAAAACUGCAUUCAGCUAAUGAAGUUACUUGGAUGGACUCAUUGUGCAACUUUCUCUGAAAACUGGCUUCCUGUUAUGUAUCCCCCUGAUUAUUGUGUAUUCUAGAAAUCUGAAAAUUGUAAACCUAAAGUAAUUAUAUGGGCAGGAUAUGAAAAGAUAAGUUUGAUUUUUUUUUUAUAUAGGAACGCAUGUUUUCAUUACUGAAUGUUGAUUAUUAAAUUGUGUGUAUUUAUCAGUAAAGGCACCUGGGUACAGCUUAAUACCUGUUGACCUGACUCCAGUCAUCAGGGAGUUACCGUAUUGUGCAUCCCAUUGCUGGCAAUGGAUGUGCCAGACUGCCAACACAAAGGAUUUGGAAUUAGGCUGAUGUAGCUUACUGCAUGCAUGUUAGGUUCUUAACUGUUAAUUUUAACUGCAAACAUGUAAAAGCUCUGUAUUUUUUACAGUAAAAUGACUUUUAACACGUUUGAUCUUAAUUUCAUUUUCAAUUGUAUGAAGGCCUUAAAGCUACUGCAGGAGUAGCUAAAAUCUUAUUUAUUAGAUGAAAGUAAUGGGACAUAAUUAUCCGUAUUGUUUGCAAGAGUUUACAUUUGUGGGUUUUUUAUUAUUUUUUUUUUAAAGAAAAAUUCAACCUCUGAAACUGUUAAUACAUGCAGCUCAGAAUUGCUGAUACAUGGGUGCUCUUGUAAAUCUUCAUUUUUGGAGUGAUUUCAGGCAAACUCAAAAAUCCACGUGAACCUGAGUAUCAGGACAGGCUGAUACACGUACCAAGUGCCACACAGUUAAAUCUUAACCAGGUAUUGUAAAGCUAUACAUACAUGUUUAAUAAUGUUAAAAAUGUAAAACAGAGCAGAAUAAAUGUGCAAAGCUGACGAUCAAAGAACACCAUGUGCGCUCUGAUACUUUAAAAGAUUAUUUAAUUAGUAACAAAAACGAAUAACGAAGCUAAAAAUAUUGGUUUAUCCGGGAGUACGUAAAUGAAACUUGCUGAAAGAGAACUCCUUAAAACAGCAGAGGUUCAGUGCAGCCUGGAAGAUCAGUGCUUUCUGUCAGUGCCUCCCUGCUGACUACUUAGGAGCGUUGUUCCUCCAGUGGAGUGAAAUUGGUCUGUUUGAACAGCUCGUACGUAUGAAGCCAAGACAAAUGAGCUACAUUAUUGUCUUGCCAGAUUUCUUGUCAUGUGUGCUGUAGAAUUCAGAUACGGCUACAGCUUUAUAGACAUAAAUGCGCAGAGGGUGGACCGUAAUUCCGCAUCACGUUCCAGACCGCAAGAUGCUGGCAUUCAAUCAAAAUUAGAAGUUGUUUUUUCUUCAGUUCUCUCUUACUGUGGCUUUCAGCAGCUUGACAUUUGAUUCUGGAAAUUCAGCUAGGAUGGAUGUAUCAAACACAUUGCAAAGUUGUUCCAAAAAUUCAUAGUCUGUACUGAAUCUGAAUUUAUUCGCCCAUAGUAAUACUGUCCCUGGCUGACAGAAGUACACUAUUGUUGCUAGCAGGGCGUCCAGAGCAGUAUGAUGGUAUACGACAUCACUUGCCAGUAUAAAAUCAUAAUGGUAAGUUGAUAAGGGGAAGUCUUCAUUGAGGCGUUCUCCCCAAACCAGUUUUCUCACUUCAGGUUUGUGCGUAUUCAUGUUGUUUGUAUUUCUUGAAAUAUUAAAUGAGAGAUUUUCAAGAACUUCAGGCAAAUCAGUAGCUGUAACGUAAGCUCCUAAAGAAUACAUAAAUGUGUUUUAACCUAAAGAUAAAUAACUUUUUUGGUAUUACUUCCCCUGCUUCCCCCUCAGCAAUAACUAAAUCUUUAUUAACAAAACAGGAUUCGACUAACUUUCAUUUUUAUUAAAAAAAGCAGUGGGUAACGUAUUAAUUUCAACUGUUGCUUCAUUGCCUUAAAGUGACAGUUGCAGAUCUCCAUCAUGUUUCAUAAGAAAUCCAAAAGGAAACAGUUUACUAACCUAAGAUGCAAGCCACGAUGGAAACCAAGCCUGUUCCAGCACCGAUUUCCAAAACUUUCUUGUCUUUGAGGUUGAAUCGUUCUUGAUUUGAUUCCAGAUAUUGAGACAAAGCCAGUGCCUGAAAUAGUUACCACGUAUUCAUAAGACGGUAUCGGUUAAGUUGCACAAAAAUUAAUUUGAUGUUUUUAUACUGUAUUUUUUUAUACAGUGGAAAACACUGAUGGCUGUAACAUAAACAUAAUAUGGAAAGAAA